AGAAAUUGAGAAUUUACAUUAAAGUACUAGAAGCGUUGCAUUAAAAAGCAGCGGAUAAGAAAUAAAACAGAUAUAUAAACGCACGAUAAGCACUUGUGUAAAGAUAACUUACGUCACGGAAAUUCUAAAACGAUCCUAAAUAGUCGCCUUAUAAAAAACGACGCUGUGUUAAGCGAUUAAAUUUACAGUGAUAAUUCCUCGAUAUCUUGUAUUUGCUACUCGCAAAUUCUACUUAUCCCUCCCUCUAUUGUCCGUGAGUAUUACUAGUUUGAAAUUACCGCUUAUAAUUGAAACACGCGUAGAUCUUUCAUAUACUGUAUCUUCGUACAUAUUUAUGAAUAUUAUUCAAAUAUCUGUUGCAUUAUUUUAAGUAAAAACAUGAGAUAGAUGCAUGACGACGGACAAGAAGACUUUGAACGAUGAGAUUUCAAAGACGUCCUCGUGAAAUCGCACAAUUUAGCCAGUAAGUCUGAGGCCAUUGUGCUGCCUACACCCGAUUCCAUCUUCAUUAAAAUCUCGCGCACACCUCGAAGCGCCGUGUCGCCUGACAAAGGAGUAUCCGCGAUUCCUACUGUUCGCCUACUGUGAAAUCGUCGUCAUCGCAAUCGUUACGUGACAUCACGAAAGUCUUCAACGAAAAGUUUUCACCUCUGUCCCACUACAUUCGCUUCAGUCGCCGAAAUAAACGCCGCUUGAAUAUGCCGAAUACGCAUCGGGAGUUAGCGCGGAGCCGUAUCUGACCAAGUGUCCCGUACCUACUUGCAUCCCAUCUACUUCAGCGCGAGGCAAGCGUUUCGAAGAAAAAAUUUCUCUGCACUGCAGUUUAACGAGACUACAAAGUUGAUCUUAUCGGAUGUAAGGAUCGCCUCUUCUAGAGCAGAGACUCAUUUGGACGACCUACGAUUGACACAUUGUGUUAAAAAACAUGUGAUAGGCACACUCAGUAAACAGGAGAUUUUGCUUCUACCAAUCGCCUUCGAUGAAAGAUAACCUAACGACUGUCGCGGCUGUCAUUGACGAUUCAGAAUCUGGCCGGAUGCUUUUCGUAAUUUCCGACAAUGUGAGAAAUAACAAGGAGGUCCACCGCGAACUGAGAGCUCGUCUUAAGAAUGGGAUGCAAGAUUAGUAUACUGAAGUGCAUGAAAGGCAAAGUCGAGCAGGAGAAGAGUAUAUCGUCGGAAACUAGCAGUUCUAUCGUUACAAGCGAUACUACAACAGAGCUCGACAGGGACGCAGACAGUCUGUAUCUCGCGUUCGACACACACAAGUCCCACAAUUUUAUCGCCGAAGAGGACGAUCAAAAAGUAGCGCAACGUAAGACGGAUGCGUUUGACAUUGUGACUGAAAAGAAUGAAAAAACACCCUUCGAGGACAGCACCCACGAUGAGAACGGCGAUUACUUGACUGUCAAAGGACCUCAAGAUCUUAGUAAUUAUUUAUUAACAACCAACGUUCCUAGUAUUGUAAAAAUAUUAUUAGUCUUUAGCAAAGAUGACCAACAAAUGGACAUACUUGCUAAUAUCGCGAGAAGAUUGGGAUGGAAUGUAUCGAUGGCAAAAGAUGCGGAAAAAGCAUUAGAACUUUUUCAAAAUCGUGCUCACGAAUUAGUGAUUAUCGAUCAUAGAGCACAUCACGCUGCCGAGGGUGAUGCUAUUUGUAGAGCGAUUAGGUCAAGUCCGGUUUAUCACAAUUCUGUCAUUAUCGCGCUCGUAAAGAAAUCGUACUUCAUGCUUGAUGAGAAAGACCAUAUUGUAGCAUUAAACUUGCUAGAAACAGGUUUUAACAGAGCACUGAUGGAAUGUUCUCAUGAAAGUAUAUUAAUAAACGAAUUAGUAGGGAUAUAUACUAGCUCAUUGUUGCCGAGAACUCAAUUAGCAGCAGCGCAUGCAUUAUAUUUAGCACUCGACAGGUGCCGCGAUAUGGUGCAUGUGACCAAUGAUAAAAACAUUGUACAGUUUCUAAAUAAAGUCAGCGAAAAAUUGUUAGGAUAUAAGGUAGAAGAGAUGAUGGGAAGAAACCUCUCGGAAAUAGUAUAUUACGAAAAUUUUCCUCUUAUGGAGCAGCAACUAAGUAAAGGCCGAGAAUUCGAAGGAAAUAUGAAUUGCAAGAGAAAAAACAAUCAAAUGAUUACGAUCAAUUGCAGGAUAAUUCCAUUCUGUAUUACAUUAAAAAAACCAAGUCAUUAUAUAUACGUAUACGAUACUACGUAUUUAUCGGAAAAUUCAACGCCAAUAAGCCCAAUUAGCAGCCCGUUGCAUCCUCCUCUUAAAACGAAUGUGACGAACGCGCGGAAAUCCUCGGAUGUCAGAUCUGGUAUAAGUGAAGAUAAAGGCCGUAGACGGUCCAGCUUGCAAAAAUUGCAUACCUUACAACUGGAAGCUCCUAUCACUAAAGUCAUUACGUUACUUUCGAAUGCGGUCACGGAUACAACUAAUCCGGAAACUGCAGCGCAGAUCGAUAAAGCAAUCGAUAUCCUAAAGACGACGGAACUCUACGUACCGCAUCUUAAGGAAGAUAGAGCAAUGUGUAGCGAUCCAGUUGCUACGGAUCUCGUUGGCGCAUUACUUGCCUCUCCGCGCACAGCGUGGGAAUCCAGAAGGUCGUCAUCGGAUUCUGCGAGACUAUCCACUAUCAAGGCUAUCACCAGUCCGGCCAAUUCGCGCGUGCAAGUAAAAAAUUUCCGGGGACCGCAAGAAAUUAUGGAGAUAUUGGACAAAAGUCUCGACUGGGACUUCGAGAUAUUUAAGCUUGAAGUACUGACGGAGAGAAGACCGCUCGUUUUCUUGGGAUUAACAAUCAUGAAUUUAUAUCAAGUGCCCGCUAUAUUACAUUGCGAUGAGAGAACGUUACAGAACUGGUUAGCCAUUAUCGAACACAAUUACAACGCGGAGAAUAGCUAUCACAACUCAACGCACGCGGCCGAUGUCUUGCAAGCCACUGCGAGAUUUAUGCAAUCAAAGAGGCUCAAAGAAAUUUUAGAACCUUUAGACGAGGUUGCUGCUCUAAUAGCCGCCAUAGCGCACGAUAUUGAUCAUCCUGGACGAUCCAGUCAAUUUCUUUGCAAUGCCAACAGUCGUUUGGCAAUACUCUACAAUGAUUUAUCAGUUCUCGAAUCGCAUCAUGCAGCCUUAACAUUUAAACUAUCAUUGUCCGACGAUAGUGUGAAUAUUUUUAAAAAUAUGGAGCGAGAUGCAUACAAACUGUUACGACAAAAUGUCAUUGACAUGAUUUUGGCGACCGAAAUGACGAAGCACUUCGAGCACCUGGCGAAGUUCAUGAAUGUUUGCAGCGCAAGAAUUGGCGACGGUCAAGAGACAUAUUCAGAUUCUCUGGACAUGACUGUAGUAUUACAGCCAGAUAACGUAAUACUAGUUAAAAGAAUGAUGAUUAAAUGCGCGGACGUAUCUAACCCAACGCGGCCAUUGAAACGUUGCGUCGAAUGGGCGAGACGAAUCGCGGAGGAAUAUUUUAAUCAGACCGAUGAGGAAAAAAAGUUGAAAAUGCCAGUCGUAAUGCCAAUGUUCGACAGAAUGACGUGUUCGAUACCGAAAUCGCAAAUUGGUUUCGUCGAUUAUAUCAUUAACGAUAUGAUCGAGGCUUGGGAUGUAUUUAUCGACAUGCCGGAAAUAGUGGGCUAUAUGCGACACAAUUACGAGAAAUGGAAAGAAUAUAAUGAACAAGGUAUAUCCACUUUACAAGAUGUUGAGAAGCUACAACAAUAUCCCGAGAUGCAAAUAUUGCGAUUAUCUCAAAGCUGAAAAGCGUGUCUCGUUUUGCAUCUCGUUUCAUGCCUCAUUAUGUAAUAUUUACGCUGCGAUUAUCGCAAAGACAUGUAUAGUAUUUAUGUAUUUAAGGAUAGAGCAACAAUGUCGUGUCUUCUCGAGUCGUUUUAAGAAAAUACAUAUAAUUUGCCGUUUCGCGUGCUACUAGCAUUUUCACUAUUUAUAUAUAACUCCAUUUCCCUCAAUGACAUUCGCCGUAUUAUUAUUUUAAACAUGUGUGUGACACAUUAAUAAGAUACUUAUAGUCUAAUGAAAGAAAUACCUUUGUGUAUGCAGCUCCGAAGAAUGUGUUAUUUCGAACAAAAUCUUCGCGCAUGCUGGUUAUUAAAUUUGUACAUGAGACCGACAAAUAAAUAAGAAUAUUGCAUUUGAAAUCGUUUCUUACUUCUUAUAGCCAGAAUUGAAUUCCUCGCCUAAUUUUAUCAUUAAGUUUCGACGGUAUAACUAUUAUUUGGAAGGGUUGGUAUAACUUAAGUCGAAAGAAAACACUCGCACUAUGUGGGUCCGAUUUCACUUUAUUGUUUCUUUCAGCCAAGAAAUGGCGUAGGGCCUAAUUCUAUGCGCUGCAUAAAUACAGAAUUAAAUAGAACCAGAUAAAAUGUAAGCCGUAUCCAGAUGAAAUUUUGCACAGUUUUUAUCAACAGAGCGUAUAUAAUUUCAGUAUGCAAUUACAAAUUUUUCGUUUUUUUGUUAAUACAGAAAACACGCAUUCGCUUUCUCAAUCUAAAAUGUCCUGAUAUAAUGUUGUUGCAUCUAAGAACGAUAAUUACAUUUAUGCACGUUAUAAACCGAAAAGGAUGAGUAUAA